AGAACUUGGUCCGACGUUUACUUUGCUGUCGCCUUCGUGCUGAAAAAGUAGUCGUCUCGUCAGUUCAAGUUUGCACUACUCGAGGAGAGGAUCAUCUACUGUGCUGGGCUGUAAAAACAACAACGAUGAGGAAAAAAAACGACCUUAUCGGGUACUUCUUCCUUAUCGGGUACGUCUUCCUUAUCGGGUUACACUUAACGGGUUCCCAUCCGAUAAGCGGUGUAAAUCCAGGAUGGGGGGGAUACAAUGAAAGCAGCGGGAUCACAAGAUUCGUAACCCUGUAUGAAGGUAACUACAACUUCGACUCUGCACCACAACGCGUCCCAAUUCGAGAGAUUCGACCCAGUGACCACAUUGUUCUGGAUGUGCCAAACUAUGUUUUGACUUAUCCUGAACCCCGAAUUGCAAUCUGGAUUGAAAAUCCGCUGAAUGAGCCCUGGACAGUAAGUCUUGUCGACAACAAAAUUGGGUUCAGUACGCUAAUGGAAAAUGGCGUCGCACGCUACGAAUAUGUUAUUCCAAUGACGCCGACCUCAAUUAGUUUCAACAAGUCUCAACUACUGUUCAUGUGCCCGUUAGACGUAGUUCAUGCCGAUACGUCUGGGUACAAUUUAUCCUCUUGUGAUGCCAUCCACUCAACAAUUGUGGCCGUAAACUCGACCGAUGCUAAAGCGGAUAUCAGCGCGCAGGGAUAUGCGGACAUUUUUUGGAGACAAGAGGACACAAGUAUCCCCUUUUUGCAUGCAAAAAGGGGACCACCGCUCGAGACGACUUGCUAUGACUGGAACGUGACCGAGUCAACCUUUACGACCUACUCGACCUCCUCAACAAUGAAAUUUCGUCGAGUGAUUAAUAUCUUUCACUAUUACGCUCUGAAGUCACAACGGAAGUUGCUGGACUCUACAAAUAUUCAGAGAUGUCCCCGGGAAAAAGACAAUCUGGUGGAGAUCGGAAUUCACUAUUUACAUUAUUCCGGACAUGGAACAUUUGCCAUGACCAGUGACGAAUAUUUGUUUUUGGUGACACCCCGACAUUCCGAGAAUACUUGGGAGCCAGAAAUUAUUGGACACCCUGGACAAGAAGUGGUCCCCAUCUUGGAAAUUGUGAAUUGCACUCGAAUCGACCUUUCCAUCCAAUUUGUCGCAUUCUACGACCCGUUCUACCUCCCACGCGGAUUUCUAUUGGAUAAAGACUCAAUAACUUUGGAGGAAAAUGAGAGAUUAGUGCUGAAAGACGUUCGGACCGGAUUGACCGAUUUCGUCAGGGCUUCCAAGUUGGUGACGCUAUCCUUUGAUGGCAUUCCUGACCCGAAAGGGACUGUGCUUCGCAUUACGGCAAAAGCGGCGUCCUUAUCUUCUCCAAAUCUAGUCACAGUUUCAUUUAACUUUACCGUAAAAGGAAAACCCAAGAUUGAUCUGGAUGGAAUGGUGGAGAUAAGCAAGGAUAACGUAACUCGACACAUUUUUCCGCUCGGACAGCACACCGUAAAAGGGAGACUUUCCGGCGACUUGCACGCGAAAUUAGGGUUAUACGUGAUAACCAAGAAUCAAACUGAACCCGUUGAAGUCAGCGAUUUCUCCUGGACCCGAGGGGACGCUGGGGGGUUCAACUUCCCCAUAAUUUUGAACCCUGGUCAGAGUUUCAUCCUUCUCUCGGAAGGAGAUGGUGGAGUCUCGGACACCGUGAUCAUCAAGCCGGCUGAAAAGACUACUUCUGAUCGUGCUGAUUUCAUCAUCAAGCCACUCGGACUCUGGGGGGUUACGGAUUACCUCGUGACGGGUUUGGUGCUUUUCAUCGUGGCUGUGAUUAUAUAUUAUGGACUGAGAAAAAAAUGCUGCCCUAAUCGACCUUAAGCUGGACUUAUUCAUGAAUAUUAAGAUUCUUCCUGUGGCAAAUUUGCUGUACAAAUUUGUAGUUCAGAAUUUUAUAAUAAAUUCCCAGGAGGACGUGGAAUGAUUAGAAAUGUGCUAAUUUUGGCGAGUCAUGUCAUCAAGGCCUACGUUAAUAUCUUACUUAUAUAGCUAUUAAUUAAUUUAUAAAUAGAGAGAGAAAUAAUUAUACUGGUUGAUUUUAGUUUUGGACAGGGACAGGGCAAAAUGAAGGUAUACAUUUUGCUAGAAAAGUGAGAAUUGUAUAUGGAAAAAUCAAUGUUGGCAUUGUUUUAUUGUUACUGUAAGCAAUAUUGUAUUUUGCUUUGAUUUGUUCUGUAUUUCGCUUGAGUACAAACAAUAGAAAGUAAACAAUGCCUUAACUGAAAAUUUGGUCCAGUUUUUGCUCACAGAAAAAUGUGUUCCUUCAAAUAAAGUAGAGAAAUGGCUCAAUCAAUCCUUACAAAUGACGUAAAUAUCUCAAUUAAUAAUAAUAUGAGGAACGGAAAUACGUACUGAUUUUGAAACGGUGCCUUAUAAAACGAGCAGGAAACAUUGACAAUAGCUAGUCCAUCAAAUUUAUAGUCAAAAGUGAAAUAUAUUUAUGAAAAUAUUUAUUACUGUAAGCCGCAAAUCGCAAACGAUUUGCGAAUAAAAUCGCAAACGAUUUGCGAAUAAAAUCGCAAACGAUUUGCGAAUAAAAUCGCAAACGAUUUGCGAAUAAAAUCGCAAACGAUUUGCGAAUAAAAUCGCAAACGAUUUACGAAUAAAAUUGCAAAUUUAAAUUUGUAUGCUUUACAAAUUUGCGAUUUUAUUCCCGUGGCGACUGGAAAUAAUGAAAAUAUUAAUUCCAUUAUGACAUUUCCAUACUUGUUUUGUUAUUUGUCCUCUUGUUAACAAUAGUUUUUCAUGUAUUAAUUAAGUAAAAAAAAGAUCUGUAACGAAUCUUGUUGUCGGCUGAGACUUUUUACGGAAUAAUGUAUUCCAUUAAAUAAUUCAGUAUUCUUAUUCUUCCAUUUAAUAUCUCAUUCUCUCAGUUAGGAAAAUUCUUUAAGGUUUACUUAUUUCAAACUUAAAAUUGAUUAGUUUUUCUGUAUCAAUAGUUUUUCUUCCGCAAAGUAAUGGCAUUUGCAACCAUUUACACUGCCUUUUCCCCAAUUUUGUACUUACUUAGCUAUGACUCAAAUUAGUGUAAGGACAAGCACACGUGGCUCGUAUUUUUAAUAAUUAAAAAAUCGGACUGAUUUUCAUUUCCUGACAAAUCAUAUAUACUCGCUGGUAGUCUGAAAAUUGCUCGAAUGCAGAAGCCGCGGAUAGGCUUAAAAUUGUAAGAUAGGGGUUUGUAUAAUAUGGGAAGAUGGUGCAUGGCGACAUCGGAUAAUCGAGGGGACAUUGUCCCCACACUUCCGCAGGAAUUGUUCGUAUCUCGAGAAAUGUAUGGUUUACUGGUAAUAAAAAUGAGACCAAAGGUAUUGCAGCAGGGUGUUAAUUUAUUUUGUGUAAUUUUAUCACUUAAUGUAAGUAGCUCAUAAAAAUUUUAGAAAUAUUUCGACUGUUUUCCACGUGUCCCGUUAAAAUAAUGCCGGAGAGGCUUGAAAAUUAUAAAGAAAGCUAAAUUAUAAAGAAGUAUGUAAUUAUUGCGUUUAGUGUUAAAAUAAAGGAAAAACUUAAUGAAAUUCGUGCUAUGAGAAAAUUAUUAAAAUUAAAAUAUUCCAAGUAUUUGUACGUUAUAUGAAAAUAUAUUUAUGUAUCGCAGAAAAUGUGAUUUUGCUCUAAAGUUACUGCCGGUAUCCGAGAGUUUUUCCAAUGGAAUUAAUCUUUAAUAUUUAUAAUAAUUAUCUUAAGGAUGUUCUGUUAUUAAUUAAUUAUUAAUUAUGUACUUAUUAAUUGUUAUUAAUUAAUUCUAUUAUUAAUUAGGUGAUCAAUCAUUUUCUUGUGAUCUCUUCAACUGUAUUGACGAGAGUUUAAAGUUGUAAAUAAAUAAAUAUAUACGCAUCAAAUAAUGUA